GAGGUUGGGUCAUGGAGGUUGGGACACUGGUAGCCCUUUUCCAGUUUCUGAAGUCAACACUGACCCCUGAAGGUGCCUAGGGAGGCGGCUCCCAGCCAUAGAUCUGAGUAGCCCUUGAAGGGGUGCACCCUGAUGGGAGUGCCAGCUCCUGCAGUCCUGGGGCUGGAGGAGAUGGCACUUUCUCUCUACCGCCUGCUGCUGGUCCCCACCCGCCUGCUACUGAAGCUCUCCAUGCUCCUGUACUGGCUGGCCCUGUGGAGUGCCUCCUACCUGGCUGGGGCUGCUUACUGCCUGUGGGUGCCAUGGGUGGUGCUGACCCAGGGGCCACGUCGGGCCUUCCACUGGAGGGUGCGGGAGACGCCUCCACCAUGCCUUGCCGAUGCCUCCUACGGGGAGCACCACUACCUGCAGCUCAAGGGCUCGGGGCUGCGUUUGCACUAUGUCACCACUGGCCAGGAGGGGGCGCUGCUCAUGCUAUGUCUGCACGGAUUCCCCCAAAACUGGUUUGCCUGGCGCUACCAGCUGCAGGAGUUCCAGCGGCAGUUCCGGGUGGUGGCGCUGGACCUGCGGGGCUACGGGGGCUCUGAUGCCCCGCGCGGGAAGCAGCACUACCGCAUGGAGACCCUGCUGGAGGACGUGCAGGGAGCCAUCCAGGCACUGGGCACCACGGACCAGAGGGGCUUUAGGAAGUGCAUCCUGGUGGGACACGACUGGGGAGGCUCCAUUGCGUGGGAAUUCGCCAUUCGUCACCCCGAGAUGGUGGGGAAGCUCAUUAUCAUGAACGCCGUUGUGGGGGCGAGGGGGGCCCUGGGUGGAGCAGGGAGCACCCUGACAGUGGGAGUCUAG